GGCCCCCGGCCCGGACUAUCCUUCUUCCUCCCUGGGAAGUCGUCCUCGUGAUCCCAGCUGCCCAGCCCCGGGGGCCCGGAGCCCGGUUCCCACGCUGGGGAGGAGCGAGGGAGCAAAAGAGACAGCGCCCGGGGGCCCGGCUCGGGGCUCGGGGGACCUCCGGCGCCCGAGGGGGGAGAACUGACACGGGGUGGGCGCCAGGCCGCGCAGUGUCGUCUACAGCGCUCGCAGGACCCGGGCGUGAGAACGCGGGGGGCGCGCCCCGGCCGCAGCUCUCCCACGACCCUGGCUCCCGGCGGCGGGGUCGGCCAGCCCGGCGCAGCGCUGCGGCCUCCGGCGCACGGGAGGGCGAGCUGGAGUCGCCAAGGGACGCCCCGUGCUCACAGCCGGCGGGGCUGGAGGCCGCGCCCGGGCUUUACCGCCACUUCAGCUCGCUGGCUGCUGCGUCGGUGAGUGAUUCCCCCUCCUCGAGAGCAAACAGCCAGGAUCGCUGGGUUGCUUAGAGAAAACAGCCUGCAAACUUACCUUGGAGCUGCCCGGGGGCUCAGAUGUGCAGUCACUCCUCUUUCCGUUCUGACUUUCUACCGCCCAUAGACACCUCAGUCACCAGUGUCCUUGAUUUGCCAGCGGCUUCUAUUUGAGUAUCCCACGUAAGAACAACAGCUCAGUAGGAAGAGAUCCACAGCAAAGUGAGAAGCCAUCCACACCAUGUUCUGCACGAAGCUGAAGGAUCUCAAGAUCACAGGGGAGUGCCCUUUCUCCUUACUGGCACCAGGGCAGGCUCCGAAAGAGCCGGCAGAGGAGGUAGCAGGAAGCUCAGAGAGCUGCAAAGCAACCCUGCCCAUCUGUCAGGACGUUGCUGAGAAGAAUGUACAGGGAAAUCUUCCUCAAAGAAAGACCAGUCGGAGCCGGGUCUAUCUUCACACGUUGGCGGAGAGCAUCUGCAAACUGAUCUUCCCCGAGUUUGAGCGGCUGAACCUUGCGCUUCAGAGAACAUUGGCAAAACACAAAAUAAAAGAAAGCAGGAAAUCUUUGGAAAGAGAAGACUUUGAAAAAAUAAUUGCAGACCAAGCAGUUGCAGCAGGAGUUCCAGUGGAAAUCGUCAAAGAAUCUCUUGGUGAAGAGCUUUUUAAAAUAUGCUAUGAGGAAGAUGAACAUAUCUUGGGUGUGGUUGGAGGAACCCUCAAAGAUUUUUUAAAUAGCUUCAGCACCCUUCUGAAACAGAGCAGCCACUGCCAAGAAGCAGAAAAGAGAGGCAGGCUGGAAGACGCCUCCAUUCUAUGCCUGGAUAAAGAUCACGACUUCUUAAAUGUUUACUAUUUCUUCCCUAAGAGAACCACGUCCCUGAUUCUUCCUGGCAUCAUUAAGGCAGCUGCUCACACAUUGUACGAAACCGAAGUGGAAGUGUCUGUGAGGCCUCCCUGCUUCCGUAACGAUUGCAGCGAGUUUGUUAACCAGCCUUAUUUGUUAUACUCCGUUCACAUCAAAAGCACCAAACCAUUCCUGUCCCCCGGCAAACCCCAGUCCUCGCUGGUCAUCCCUGCUUCUCUCUUCUGUAAGACAUUUCCGUUCCAUUUCAUGUUUGACAGAGAGAUGACGGUUCUGCAAUUUGGCAAUGGCAUCAGGAGGCUGAUGAACAGGAGGGACUUUCAAGGGAAGCCGAAUUUUGAAGAGUACUUUGAAAUUCUGACUCCAAAAAUCAAGCAAACGUUUAGCGGAAUCAUGACUAUGUUGAAUAUGCAGUUCAUUGUUCGAGUGAGGAGAUGGGAUAACUCUGUGAAGAAAUCUUCAAAGGUUAUGGACCUCAAAGGCCAAAUGAUCUACAUUGUUGAAUCUAGUGCCAUCUUGUUCUUGGGGUCACCCUGUGUGGACCGAUUAGAAGAUUUUACAGGACGAGGGCUCUACCUCUCAGACAUCCCAAUUCACAAUGCACUGAGGGAUGUGGUCCUCAUAGGCGAACAAGCCAGAGCUCAAGAUGGCCUAAAAAAGAGGCUGGGCAAGCUGAAGGCCACCCUGGAGCAAGCCCACCAAGCCCUGGAGGAAGAGAAGAAGAAGACAGUCGAUCUUCUGUGCUCCAUAUUUCCCUGCGAGGUGGCGCAGCAGCUGUGGCAAGGGCAAGUUGUACAAGCCAAGAAGUUCAGUAACGUCACCAUGCUUUUCUCGGACAUUGUUGGGUUCACUGCCAUCUGUUCCCAGUGCUCACCACUGCAGGUCAUCACCAUGCUCAAUGCACUCUACACUCGCUUUGACCGGCAGUGUGGAGAGCUGGAUGUCUACAAGGUGGAGACCAUUGGUGAUGCAUAUUGUGUGGCGGGGGGAUUACACAGAGAAAGUGAUACCCAUGCUGUUCAGAUAGCACUGAUGGCCCUGAAGAUGAUGGAGCUCUCUGAUGAAGUCAUGUCUCCCCAUGGAGAACCCAUCAAGAUGCGAAUUGGACUGCAUUCUGGGUCAGUUUUUGCUGGAGUUGUUGGAGUUAAAAUGCCCCGUUACUGUCUUUUUGGAAACAAUGUCACCUUGGCUAACAAAUUUGAGUCCUGCAGUGUGCCACGGAAAAUCAAUGUCAGUCCAACAACUUACAGAUUACUCAAAGACUAUCCUGGUUUUGUGUUUACUCCUCGAUCAAGGGAGGAACUUCCACCAAACUUCCCCAGUGAAAUUCCUGGAAUCUGUUAUUUUCUGGAAGCUUAUCAACAAGGAAAAAAUUCAAAACCAUGGUUCCAAAAGAAAGAUGUUGAAGAUGGCAAUGCCAAUUUUUUAGGCAAAGCAUCCGGAAUAGAUUAGCAAAAUAUAUACCUGAUUGUUAGUCUUUGGGGUUUGGCUCCUUCAGGCAUGUGUGGAACCUCUGAAAGCACUUUAGGAUUGUGGAUGGCUAAAGAGCAGUAUUACAAUUUCAGGAGCUAAGUCACGAUCUACUUUUUCUUCCACUUAACGUAACAAAAGUGUAUUCACUUCAAUACUUCAACUCUGCAGUGAAAAACGAAAAAGAGGGAAACCUCAAAAAGUGACUUUUUGGGACUAUUUCUGGUAUAUAACAAUCACUUAUUACCUGUACUCAAAAUUCAGCACAUUGUACAUAUAUCAGGUAAUUGUAGUUAACUGUGCAACCUGAUGGAGUCACCUGCAGUGCCGUGUCCUGGUGGAAUGCCAUGGUUGUUCAAGUGUAUUUGUGAUAGUGUUGCCUUAAAAACACUUUCUGAAUAGAAAUUAUUGUCUUUGAUACCGUAAGCUCUUUGAAACUUUCAACUCUACAUUUUAUUACAUUUCCUCAUUUAACUGUCAGCAUAUAUAACAAAAGAGAAUUUUUUUCCUAUUGCACUUUUCUUUUUUUAAGAAAAUAAGCAAUUAUGGGUUAGGUGCAAUAUAAAUAUAAAAUAGUUCUUCUGUAAAUAUCAAAGGUUAUUUUAUAAAAAUAUUCUCCAUAACCUAAUGUGUCAUCAUAAUAAAUACUUCCUUUUGUUUGAAAUUUUUUUAAAUUCUAUAUAUGAUAAAGGCUAUUUUAAUUCAUAUUAGCAAUUUAAUUCCUAUUAAUGCAUUUUUGUGUCAUAAUAUUUAGGUUAAAAGAGGCUUAUGGCCUAUAUUAAAAUGCAAUAAUAUUAUUCUAAUUGAAUUUAACCAGAAGCAACAUGGGGGUAAAGUAAACAUCCAGAGAACAUACUAUAAAGUACAAAAGUAAAACAUUUAUACACACAUGCACAUACACAUGGAGUAUUUUAAUCUAUUUCAGCAGACAUCAUCCAUUGCCAUGCUGAGCCAUAUAAAAGUUCCAAUAAGAAAAUCUAAGUUCGGAGGUGAGAAAUAAGACUUAGUCUUUUUGCUGAUAGCUUAUUUUUAAGUAGUUUUGUUGCACACACACAACAAAAUGUUUGGUGUGUGGAUAUGUCCAAGGAAUCAUCAAGUUUUUUGUCUUAUUAAGUACACAUCUGUGAAUUGUUUAUUCUGGUUGAAAUAUCUCAACGAUGUUUUUUAAAGAGAACGUUGAUAUAGAUGAAGAAAAUGAUGCUGUGAUUUCACUAUGGAAAUUUCCAAACAUUUUUCUCAAGCUGGAACUUUUGUUUUUAAUGCUAGUUUAGACUAAGACCUCUGGUGAACUCAAUAACCUGCAGAGUUUGGUUUGGGGUAGGAUUUGAUUUUAAAAAGCUCAACUUCAAAGCCAGAGAAAGACGAACGUUAUAGUUUUUAAAUCAGUAUUCACGGAGCCAUAGAUACACUGAAUUCAUUUGGGGUUCUAAGAAGAACUCAGUUUAAAAGUCUUUUAAUUGUCUCCAUUAGUGCCCAGGCUAGCUCAUGAUGACCUCAGGAAUAAAAAGUCAUUAUGGAUUGAUCUCUCAUAUUCCAAGGGUACUACUAUAGAUAUUUCCAUUAGAUUACUAUUUACUAAAUGAUACCCCAAUGUCUUGAAGGAUUGAAUGUGUCUCAUUAAAUACCCAUCCUAUUAUUGGAGAUUUCCACAAGCCUUGGGAAAAUAUAGUUAUAGUCUCAUAAUUAUAUGAAGUUAAUAAAAGCAUUUAAAAGGAAAAUAAAGACUUAAAUACAUUUUUCUUUCUGGAACUGAGCCCUUAUUUUAGGGAAUAUAAUAGGAAAUUAAAAGCAUAAUAAAAUGUCUUCAUCAAAUAUUUAAGCAGACCCCAAUUUGGUGAUAAUUUUUGUUUUAAAGUUUAUAAGUUAAUUAGAAUUCAAAAAAUAUUUAUGUGUCUGUGUGGACCAAUGUAGGAGAAUGUAAAGAAUCAGAGUGAAAGCUGUAUGGAAUUCCUUCUACUAUUCCUGCAAUCUUUAUGUAAGUUUGACAUUUUAUCUAAAUAAAAAGUUACCAAAAAGUGUAUUUUCCCGGAGAAAUUAAAUCAUUUGUGAUAGAUUCUCUAGGCCCGCCUACAAAGGCUCCUUAAUUAUGGAAUACUUUGUGGACCUUAAGCAGGAUGAACAUACAUUUCCAUGAGAGAAUGCAUUCAAAAUCCACAACUUGGAUGCGAAAAAAUGUAAGGAAUCCCUGUUCCCUCUCUGUCUUAGCCACUUUGGAAAUGGAAGUAUGGAGAGGUCUGGAGACAUUUUCAGAUCCAAACCACUGAUGUAAGCCAGGGGCAGCCACCAUAGAGGGUAGGUUCCCAAGGAAAGUAACGGACCAGAAUAGGAGCUCUGAGGUUAGGAGUAGACUUGAGGAUGGAGAAAUGAAUGGGCAGAGAGGGCGUAUGACAAGGUUGGAGGGUGAGGGGUUCUGAUUCUUGUUCUGAAUCUUGUUGGCAGUUUUACUAUCCUGAAAAAUAAUGUGGGGAUCCCAAGACUGCUUCCCUACCAGCCUGUUUCUUCUGAGAAUUCCAGGCGCUGUUCCUACUAUUCUGGUUUUAUUGUUUCCAUUCAUGGCUUCCUGUCCCAUCAUUUCGUGACCAGUACACAAAAUAAAUUCCCUUUUCAUACAUGGUGCUCAAGGGAAGCAUAGAGUUCCACUGAAGUUUUCUGAAGAUAUUUGCAUCAAGAAACAAAGAGAAAUAACGAUGUAAAAUGCCUCUUUCCAUUUUACCUUACCUUUCUAUUUCCAUCUAGACUUUGUAAGAAAAUGCACAUUUUGAACCUAAAUACUAAUAGAUUCAUUUAUUCAUUUUCAUUUAUUUAUUCAUCAAGCAUUUACUGAAUGACUACUUUGUGCCAGAAAUAAUGCUAUUUUUGGAAUUCAAAGAAGUAUGGCCCAUUCUCUCAAGAAAGGAAAAUGAAAGAUGAACAUAAGAUAAAUAAUCACGAAAUUCUGUGGGAGCACAAAGUACGAGACUCAGUGCUUGCAGGUGUUUCUUAGUCUUAGCAUAAUUCAUCAAGCAGAGACGGGGAAGGACGUGGUCCAGGCAAACAAACUAGUACACACAAAGAAACGGAGUCUCAGAGAUGUAUAGUAUGUUCCAGACAGCCAGUUGCCUGGAAUGAGUAGGGAGUAAGGAGAAUGACAGAAAGACCAUUUGAACAUAAAUCAUGAAAGGGGCUGUUUGCCAUGUUAAGGUGUGUGAUGAUAAGUAUUACUAAUCAUCAUUCUUAUUAAUUUCCAUGGAGCCCUUUGUUCAAAAUAAAUCUUACAAAAGAAAAAAAAAAAAAGAAAAAAAGCAGACUCGCUGGCUUCUGCUUCCCUCCCCAAGAGUUUUAAAACUGCUAGACAAGGGAGAUGUCAAAGACGUUAAAGAAAGAAGACGGUAUAAUCAGAUGUGUGUUCUUGAGCAGCAGCGUCAGAAACAGCAUGGAUAAGGGUGGCUAUUUCCUUGCCCAGAUGACUAAAUGAACAUUCUUCUGUGUCUCAGAGGAAAAUGAUUCAUGCUAUAUCCUAGGUAUUUUACCACAAGCAUGAAUAUAAAGCUGGGAUGUGUGGCAUUGGAAUUUCAUAUUACUCUCAAGGCUGUUCGUCCUUCAGGUCCUUUGAUGGGAAAGAAGGGAGAAUUGUUUCAGCAUUUUACCAAUCUUUCUUCUAUAUUAUUUCUCCUUGAUACUGUCAGUCACAGGAAGGCAGACCCUGCCCAGGCCAGUCCUAUGGUUAGGUUAAAAGCAGGCAGAGGACAGAACGGGUGUUCUAUAGUGGGCCGAGCAAGUGAAAGGGAUGGAUGAAAGGGAGUGUCAUUCCAAAUAGUGGCUGAGGGAUAGGCGUGGCCCCCUGAGAUUACCCAGCUGGGAAAGUGCAGCUUUGCAUGCAAAGACCUAAUGAAGCCUAGGGCUAUGUAAUACUUUAAACCCACAUUCUAGUUCUUGUCAAAGGAAAGUUAAUAGUCCCAAAGAGAAUGGGUUAAUGAAUUAUUGUAGUAGUUUGAAGCGUGUGGAUUUUACCACUAUUAAUAAGUGAAAAGGAAUCUCUUUGACACAUAUUUAUUGGGACCGCUCGAUAGAUCACUGCCCUUCACUGAACAAUAAAACAUCAAGAGUUUGUUUUCCCUGAUUGUGCACUUUGGAUGUCUGUACUUGGAAAGUUAAAGGAAGCCAGAUUGGAAGGCUGGAAGGAUGGAGGGAUGGGACACCUGUGAGAGGUGGGAGGGCAGUCAUAAAAGGGGCUAGGCCAGAGGUGUUGCAAUUCCUCUAAGGAAGAACUUACCAUCUCCUGCAGAACAAAAACUCAGUGUGGUAGACACAAUAAGGAAGUGCAAGUUUCUCAUCUAAACGACAGGCUAAAAGGAGGGACAGCUUGCUUUAUUAAACAGAGAAUGCCAAAAUGUAACUAUAAACCAAAGUUUACAGUGUUAUAAUUUACAUUCUUUGUUGGGAUUCUUCUCAAGUCCUGGGAAAUCUUCAUAUCCUCUAGUGAGACAGGGAAGAAUCACUCCUGUUGUGAAAACCAGGAGCUUAUGGAAGUAAUUAGUCCCUUGUCUGUUGAGUUCAGUUUCCUUCUGCUCUUAGCCUGUUGGCUUGCAGAUUUUCGAUAAGGUCUAGCUUCCUUUAAAUGCUUCUUUUAUUAUGUUGAUGAUGUACACUCCUUUGGUAUUCUUACAUUAAGCCUCUUCAAGCAUUUUACGUUUUAUUGCCAUCUAUAUUUCUCCUGAAGCAGCUUCAUUCUUAACCUGUCACACUGCAUCUGUUUGACUAGCUCACAUAAUCCACACAAUUUUUCAUCCAAAACUAUUCCCUUACUUAUGCCCAUUUCUCCCUGUAUUCAACGCCUGCAAAGAAAAAAAAAAUAGCACAGGCUUCAUAAAUGCAUAGAUUCCAAUAAAAAAGAUAAGCAAAAGAAAAAAAGAAGUGAUAUUCUAAAAGCCAGAUUUUUUUCAUCAUCAGUGAGGAUUCUUUUCCAUCACAAUAAACUUAGCUAAAGAAAGUGUUAAUGUUUUAGAUUUGAACAAUGGGAUAGAAGUCAGGACAAAAUUUAUACGGCAGAUCUAGGACUUAAUCUCAGAUAUCCUGGUAGAACGUUUUGGAUAAAAUUGUGCUGCCUUUCAAGUUUUUAAGUAUUUCAUGUCAAGAUAUUAAAUUGCAAAUAAACCUUACAGAAUGUGAAGAAAAUUGCUUGGCGGAAAAUGACUGCAUAAUGCACAAACCUUGAAGUAUUGGCUAAGAUGUUUGUUAGUCUGAAAUGUUGCCAAACCCAUCUGUAUUGAGGAAAGAGGCAUGAAGUGUCUCAGAGAAAACGAAAACAAAGCAAAACAAAAUUGUUAUUAUGGAAGUUGGACAAUCGAAUGUAUUACACUCCUGGAGUAUGAGGGACAAAACUGAAGCCUUUUGAAAAGUUCUAGCGACAAUGGUCAUGGAAUUCUGUGCCUUUAGAAAUAGUGAUGCCCAGUGAUACAGGGAUGUGCAGAACCCAGGCGCUGUUCAAUCACAGCAAGCUGCCUUCUUCCCCAAAGAAACUGUAACUUGACAAGUUGAGGUGAAUGAAAAUACAUUACUAGCAUUUGAGAAUGUACUGUUCCUUCGCCUCCUCCUACAUGUAAAUUAAAGAUGCCCUGCAAAAUCUUAUGACAGAAUUUGAUAGUCACUAAGGUAGAGCCGUGUUCUCCAACCUUUUGGAUCCCUGCACAUUAUUAGUAAAAUUUUUUAGUACACCAACAUUCUAAGUACAUAAAAAUAAAUAUAAAUUUUUUAAUAUUUAUGGUUAAUAAAUAUAAUAUCCUCUCAAUCUAAUAGACUACAAUAUAGCAGCAUAACUUAUUUUUUAAAUGAGCAUGAAUAUACAUAGAAAUUCUAAUACUUUCUUCACUUACCCCAGUGAAUCAUCUUUAUAUUUUAUUUUGGAAACUGCUACAUAGGCCAGUGGGGCUUCACUUUCAUUGUCAUAUAUCACUUUGAGAACUGGAUAAAAGAUAAAAACCAUCACCCCUCCAAAAAUGUGCAUGUGCUCUUAUACUCCAAGACCUAUAUGUACUUCCAGAGGUUUGGGGACUCCCUGGAAUGUACUCCUAGACCAGCUCAGUGAGGGAGCAUAGACCCUCAAACUAAGAACUUAUUAUCUAGAAGGGAAGAAAUAGUAACUAAUGUUUGAAACAAGAAUAGAAUGAAUAACCGGCAGAAGUCUGUGACUUUUGGUCUAGAUGAGACCACUUUUGAUUUUUGAUGAAUAAAGGAAAUUAGAUUUUUUGGUCAUAUUCUGUGGAAUGAUGCACGGGGCUUCACAUACAAACAAAUAAGUUUUCUUUUUAGCAAAAUAUUUAAUAUAUGUCUCAACAAAUUCUUCUCUAGCUUUUGGUCAAUGUGCAUUGCUAUAGGUAUCCCAACUUUUUUACCUAAUUUAAGUACUUCUUUUCACUUUUCCUCUAUGUAAAAUAGGAUAGCUGUUGGAUCUUGCAUGGAAAACCUUCUUGAUGAUAUCAGUAUUCCUUUUUAUUACUAUUUUCACAGUUGCUUUAAGUAACACAUUUAUUUUGAGUUCUGCUUCUGGCAGAGUUGCAAAGUCUAUCAAAAAGUUAUCCUGUGUCUCAGGAGCUUGUUAGAUAUUAC